GUUGACGCUCAGGCGCUAAGUCUUUCCUUUCCUGGACGCAGCGCAGAGGAGCGGCCAUAGAUUUCCAAACGCGUUGUGUGCUCGUUAGCAUCCUACUGGUAGCAAUCGCUGUCCUCGAUUCGUCUUCAACUUCGUGAAGAGCGCAGCGGCCGGAAGAAGAAGACGGCGACAGUGACGAUGCAGAAAGGGUUCCGGUCGUUCUCUCCCAUGGCGGCAAUGGCAACGCUGUUGCUSCUCACCAUCCUCGAGUUGGCCGUGCACGGAUACGCUCAAGCUCCGGCGCCUGGAACCGUUACRAUUKAUGRUKUKACUUWUGMWGGYRMUGGCUGUYCGAGCGGAWCUGUUGMKUMCUCCAUCUCAAACGACGKRCAGGCGCUCACUGUCAUGUACAGCAGCUACACUGCUACGACGGACCAAGGGCUCCUUAACACGAGGAAGSAAUGCACCCUGAGCRUCAUUCUUAAUUAUCCWCCUGGCUAUUUCUACACUCUCGGGACAGUCACAAUGCGUGGGUACGCGAAGCUGGACGCCAAGGUCAAGGCGGCCGUGAGGGUUGGCUACCACAUAUCUGGUCGUAUAGGCACGGGUCAGGCUACGUACAACUUCUUUGGACCGUUUGACGAUAACUUCGAGAAAACGGCGAGUUUCGCGAACGCCGUUAGCAGCGAGUGUGGAAGAGUGAGGAACCUCAACAUCGUUACAGAAGUGCGGGUGAAUCCGGGAAAGCCUCCGAAGACUGGAAUUAUCACCGCGGACAGUACGGAUCUCCAGCUCACUCAAAUUUUCGCCGUCAACUGGAAGAAAUGCUAAGGCCAGCGAUUGAGCGUUGUCGGGAGUUUGCUAGCGCGUACGCGACUUCUGCACACCAGCAAUUCUUGUCAAUAGCGUC